UAUAACAAGAGAGAAGAAAAAGAAAUCAGGAAAAGAAAAACUAAAAGAAAACAAAAAUUAUCGAACGAUGGAGGAAAACAAGACGAUGACGAUGAACGACAAACUGAUCACCUCUUUCCUCGAGAUCACUUCUUCAUCAAGAGAAGAAGCUACUUUCUUCCUUGAAAGUCACCGAUGGGAUCUAGACGCCGCCGUCUCCACCUUCCUCGACAACGACGCCGCAGCCGCCGCCGAUUUACCAACUGGCCCAAACCCUAACCUUCCUCCUUCUUCGAUUCCGGCUGCAUCUCCUUCUCAAUCUCAAUCUCCCGAUUACUCUCCGUCUGAAACCUCUCCUUCGAGGUCACGAUCUCCUUCGCCGCCUUCCCGCGACGCGCCUUACCGUCUCCGAUCGAAAGGCGCCGCCUCGCAGAAUCAGCAAGCUGACAAACCGUCGGGUAGCCGGAGUACUAGGAGCCGUCAACACGCUGGGAACAUCCGUACCUUCGCUGAUCUGAACCGUUCUCCGGCUGGUGGUGCAGGUAGUGAUUCUGAUGAGGCGCAAGAGUAUUAUACCGGCGGAGAGAAAAGUGGGAUGAUGGUUCAAGAUCCUAGGAAAGCAAAAGACGUCGAUGCACUUUUUGAGCAAGCUAGGAUGUCAGCUGUUGACAGACCCGUGGAACCAUCAAGACCAGCUUCAAGAAGCUUCACUGGAGCUUCGCGAUUGUUGUCUGGUGAACCUGUUUCCUCUUCUCCUCAGCAACAGCAACAGCAAGACCAGCCUCAAGUGGUUAUGCACUUCAUCACUUUCUGGAGGAACGGUUUCACAGUUGAUGAUGGUCCUUUAAGAAGGUUUGAUGACCCCAAUAACGCAACUUUUAUGGAGAGCAUUGCGAAGUCAGAGUGCCCUCGUGAACUUGAGCCAGUAGACAGGAAGAUCCGUGUUCAUGUCGAUCUCAUCAGGCGUGAAGAGGAUUACACAGAGCGGUCAAAGCCCAAAAAUCCGUUCCAAGGUUUAGGAAGAUUACUAGGAGCCAGCGGAUUCGGAUCAAGCUCUUCAGCUGCAGAACCACGAACUGUACCCGCUUUUAUGAACGUAGCACCUGCACCAUCAAGAGGGCUCGUUGUUGACCCAGCAGCACCUACUACCUCGAUCCAGCUUAGAUUGGCAGAUGGCACACGGCUUGUAUCCAGGUUCAAUAACCACCACACCAUCAGAGACAUUCGUGGGUUCAUCGACGCUUCAAGACCAGGUGGCUCCAAAGAGUACCAGUUGCUAACCAUGGGGUUUCCUCCUAAACAGUUAACAGACUUGGACCAAACCAUCGAGCAGGCUGGUAUCGCUAACUCGGUCGUCCUCCAGAAAGUCUAGUUUUUUUUAUUAAGAUCUCUUCAAUUCAUGUAUCUCUCUGCUUUGUUUUUUUUAAUCUUCUGCAAUUGUGUAGCUGAGUCAACUAUUUGGUCAACGCUCCGAGGAUAUGUCUCUGUAGGAUUUGGAUAUUAUUGAGGUUCAUCAAAUCUUUAUUUCUUUCA